ACGCCCCUGUGGUGAGCCAAUCGGAAAGUGCUGUCCGCCGGCCAAUCAGAACGGCGCUAAGUCCCCGGCUCUUGUGCUCGGGAGCAGGUCACUUCCGGGAUGAGGACCGGAAGUUGUGAAUUUGAAUCUAAGCGCCGUUGAAGGAUAACAAAGAGGGAGGAGAGGAGCUGGUGGAAGCGCCUGAGACAGAUGAUGGGGGAGACGGCUUGUCGGAAAUUUUCCAAAUCCGGUGCUACAGUUAAUUUUGCCACAAAUGAAAAACAGAAGCUGGAGCAGGGAGAAAAUCCUUCUUGUGCAUUUUGUCGACGGAAUGAAGACUGCCCUGAAAAAUAUGGUGAGAAGAAAACAUAUAAAGGGAUAACUCUGCAUUAUUAUUGUUUAAUUAUGUCAAGUGGCUUGUAUCAACGUGGGGAAGAAAAUGAAGGAAUUUAUGGGUUCCUAGCAGCUGAUAUCAAAAAGGAGAUGAAGAGAGCUUCAAGAAUCAGGUGUCGAGUGUGCAGGAAAUGUGGUGCGUCAAUAGGCUGUGCAGUUACGAAAUGUCCAAGGAGCUAUCAUUUUCCUUGUGGUGUGGAGAAACAGUGUAUUUUCCAGUUUACUGGAGAGUUUGCAUCUUACUGUUGGGACCACAGACCACAGCAAAAAGUACCCGCUAUAUGGUCAGGUAGUACAUAUACAUGUGCUAUCUGUUUAGAAUCCAUUGAUCCAAUUCCAUCAUAUGAGGUUUUGAAGAGCCCUUGCUGUAAAAACACAUGGUUUCACAGGCAAUGUGUGCAGUAUCAGUCCCUGAGUGCUGGGAUGUUCUUCUUCAAGUGCACUAUAUGCAAUAAUAAAGAUGAAUUCCAGAAAGAGAUGUUACGAAUGGGGAUCCAUGUUCCAGAAAAGGAUGCAUCUUGGGAACUUGAAGAGAAUGCAUUUCAGGAUUUAUUGCAACGUUACCAGCGAUGUGAUGCAAGAAGAUGUCUCUGUAAAAAUGGAAGAGAAUAUGUAGAACCUGAUAGUAAAUGGGACAUUGUACUCUGUAAGUACUGUGGCUCCAGCGGGACUCAUUUGGCCUGUUCAUUUUUGGCAAUCUGCAUGGAAAAUUGGGAGUGCCCAGAUUGUAGACAUAUUGUAUACAAAUCAGGGCGACCAGAACUGUACACAGUACUCCAGAAGAGGACUCCCCAGCGGAUGCUGACGAAGGGAGGAGGAGAGUCUGAGGCCUGGCCCACGGCCCAGCCUGCAGGAUCCUCUGACUCUAUUUCUUUCCAGGCCGUGGUGAAGUACGCUCGUGAAAUCUCGCGAGAUGUUGGCCAAAUAUUCACGUCAAAAUCCCAUACAGACAUUUUGAAAGACUUAAGGUCACAAAUCAAAUUGAACGUCAUCUCAAGAAUUUCUGUUGACAGAACAAAUGUCUGGGAAGGAGCUCUGAGAGAGAUGAGGCGCAAAACAUUCAGCCCCUCCAGCACAAUUUGCAUUCAAUUUUCAAAUGAUGCUAGAAAAUCUCAAGUUGCUAUUGAUCUUGGAAAUCCCUGUUAUGAAUUUUUUUGUUUGCUGAUGCAUCAUCUUGCAAAUUCACUUCUGUUUGAAGGUUCUGCUACCUCAAAGAACAUGACUCUAAAUUCUCGAGCUCUUAGGUGUGAUUGGUAUUAUGAAGCAGGACGGAUGAUUGCAAUCUCAUUAGUUCACGGUGGUCCAUCACCAAACUUCUUCUCCAGAACUCUGUUCAGUUGUCUGGCCUAUGGUCCAGAGGUAACUGAACCAAAUUUGGAAGAUGUCUCACACGUUGAUGUGACACGAAAGAUUAAAAAGAUACAAGAAUCUUCAACCUUGGAAGAAUUGAAAUUAGCUGUCAAGGAAAAUACUGACUACCUUUCAGUAGCUGGAUGUUUGAGAUCAGUAUGGUCAUUGGAUGAUAAAGAAAUGUUGCUGAAGGAUAUGUUGACCUUCCAUGUGAUCAGUCGAGUUCGCUCACCUUUUGAAAGAUUCCGUGAAGGAUUAAAGGUUCUUGGUGUGUUGGAAAACAUUCAAAAAUAUCCAGAAGUGUUUGUUGAGCUGUUGUGUUACAAACCCGUCAAGUUAACAGCAGAGACAUUUGAAAAACUUUUCUCCAUCAACUUUUCACCAAAUGGAAGUAAUAGACGGAUUGCAGAAUCUAGAGUGUUUGAUUUCUGGAGAGAUUAUUUGGCAGACGUGGAAGAUGGAACAACUGAAGCUAUUUUUGAAGACAUCUUGACAUUUGUAACUGGCACAAACAUCAUUCCAGCAAUCUGUUUUCUUCCUGACCCCUCGAUUAAAUUCUUGCAUAGUGAUGGAAUAAUACAGUACCGCUUUCCAACAGCACAAACAUGUCUAAAUUGUUUAAAACUACCCAUGUCAAAAACAUAUGAAGAAUUUAAAGGAUGUAUGGAUUUUGCUAUCUGCAAUACACCUGGCUUAAAAUGAAUUUAACACAGUGAAGAUUUUGCAGUCUUGAAUGUUAGUAUGUAACAAUUUUCUUUAUGUCUUGGUUCUUAAUGUACAUUUAUUUAGCAAAACGUUGCUGCAACCACAUCUUAUAAAGUGGGAAGAGAUAAUGACUGCUCUUCAGAAAGUUCUUUAUGGCUGGAGAUUCAUGAUUUUACUGCACCAUAUGUGUGAGGAAAGCAGGAACAAAUGAGAACUGCCAUGUAAAUAUGCUUCUCUCCUGGCACAUUGAUGCAAUUCAUUGUGUUAGGAGGGACACAGAUAUGCUUUGGCAUGUUCCAUUAUUUUUUCAUCUUCGUUUCAACAGGACUCUUUGGAAAGGAAGCUCUAUCUCAGCUUGGAGACCUCUUUGCCUAGCUUGUUACAAAGUGUUGAGGCCUAGUAGCAGUCCCUGUUGUUUUUCUUUGUAAAUGUGGUAUAGCAAUAAGAGGAACAUAAUAUUUUUUUAAAUUUUCUUUGUUUCCCCUGGUGGUUUUAUCCAUAAAAAGGGAUUUUGCAUUUUUGUUUUCAUUAGUUAAUGUUAAUGAGGUUAUAAAAUUGCUGGAUUUGUUGAUUAAAUGUUUUUUAACAGUCUGUUUGCAUAAGAAUUCCACAUGUACAAGCAAUAAAUUUGUAAAUUUGUCAUGAUAACAGUAUGUAUUGUCAGCACAUGGCUCAAGAAUACACAAUUUUUGAAUACAUUCAAUUGAAUAAUUUCUGAAUUUUUUAAACUUUAGAAUAGAAUUUUCCAAAGUAAUAUUUUGAAUUGCUUGAAGCACUUCAGGUUUGUCUCAAAUUUACUUUCUAAAUUAGAAUCUUUUUGUUUCAAUCUUGCUUGUACAAUUUUUUUUUAAUUGUAUCCAUUAGUUUUUCCUACUUGUUGCCUGGAAAAGUAUGUACUCUAUAUUUUAAUAUUCCUAACCUUAUAACUGUCACGAUAGAUUAUACUUAAAUACUUAAAAUUACUUUGUAUUGGUAAUGCAUUUAAUUUGUCUUCCCAAAAAAAAGACUGUUCUAAAAGUUGUUUAGAAAUUACUACAAACAUAAAUAAAAUUAUUCAGUUGAACAAAAAUGAAUAAAUGCUUUAACAGUAUUAAGAGAAUAAAAAUAGCUUGGUGUUGGCAAUGUAAGGGUUCAUUAGGAGCCAAUAUUGUAAAAAUGUUUGUUUUUUUUCUUGUCAUUUCUGUGAAAGUCACUGCUUCAUGUGUUGCACAUUCUUCCUUGCACUGCAUUGGCCUGUUGUAUCCUAUCCAAUUUAUUACUAGUUGUGCUUUGAUCACUGCUUUCUGGCUUUAAUGAAAACAGUGAUUCAAUUAUUGUUUUAUAAAUCUGUUUAGAUUUGAAAUAAAAUUCAUAUAGAAUGACAUUAGUCAAAUCAAUAUUUGCACUUCUGCCAAUUUUGUUUGCAUCCCAUAACAUUUUACAAUGGAAAAAUAUUUUGUUACUAAGUUUAUAUACAACAAAUUUUUAUUCCUGAUGAAGGGCUUUUGCCCGAAACGUCGAUUUUGCCUGUCCUCGGAUGCUGCCUGAAUUGCUGUGCUCUUCCAGCACCACUGAUCCAUAAUUCAUUAUGUGUUCGAGCAAGAUUUCCAGGCAAUAAAAUGUAACAAACAGACAAUGUUUAAAUAACAUUCAGAAAAAUAUAGCAGAUUCCAAAGGAAAGGAAACAUUUUGUUAGAAAAGCAUACCUUUCAGUACAAAGAAGACUAAUGCUCAUGAAGUAAUUCAUAUCGAGGAAAAUAUAAAAACCAUGUACAAAUUAAGUAUUGUAUAAACAAAUGCUGUUUGUGAAUAAAAUAAACUAUUGCAUUUGCACUAGCUACUUAUCCUAAAUAAUUAUCUUCUUAGUUUGCUUUUACUGCAGAGCUAUUAUUAAUGAAUAACAUAUUUGAAUGAUGCAGAAAUAUUGAAUUUAAUUGCUCAUAUCACUAACAUCACUGGUUAUUUGUGAUAAUUAAACAGAACAUGAAACAAUUGCUAAAAUAUCUUGCAGUAAAAUGUGAACUUCAAAAUAAAAUAUAUUGUCUAACAUUGAAUUUUCGAUGUUCAAAGGAUUCGUAGCUGAUACUUUAACUUGAUAAUUUCCCUUUUUAACAUUCAUAUUAUGAAUUUUUCUGUAAUUUGUCUUUUAAAAAUGUAGCUGGAUAGUGUCUGUUAAUAUGAUCAUGUUUUCACUUGUUUAUGUAAAUAAAUGUUUUAAAAUUUUUU